GUGACGCGGCAUAAAACGGGCGCGCGCCUCACGGCAGUCAGGAGCACGGCAGGCAGGCGGGCGGGCUCACGCGAGGUGGGAGUGUUUGAGGGGCGCAAGGGCUGCGCGAGACUUCACAACAACUCUCAACAUGAAACUAGCCAAAAUUAGGAGAAAAGCAAACAAUGAAGACCUGAAGCUGUCUGUCGUGUGUUAGACCCAAACCACCACAGUGAAUUAGAGAAAACUCUCCUAAAAGGGAAUAAAGGUGUAGUUGUGGGUUUCAGGAGGGGAAACCCUCCUGAACAUUGUCAGCUUUCAUUGUCAACUUCCCAGGGUGACAAUGAUGGCAACCCAUGGUGGCAGCGAGGAGCCUGAUCCCUUUUCGGUGGUGACCCGGAUGGCUGGGGCAGGGGGAGAUGGGUCCACACAUUUACCAGCCUGUCGUGGUCAGGGUAUACAGAUCUCGGACCUGGGCUCAGCUUUGGCCGUCCAUACCACGGUUUUACCUCCUAAACAACCUCCUGGGGUCACAUAUUCUGUAUUUGGAAAGGAUCCGAGACCUGGAACAGUCAUGUUUGCCUCAAAGGCAGGUGGUAUUAGUGCUGGACAUGUUAUAUUGGGGUCUGUUUCAGGAGUUGGGAGGGGGAUGUCAGAUCCUCCACAUGAAGGUGCUGUCGGUCGGAUAGCAUCCGCAUCGCUGAGUCCUGAGGUGUGCCUGGCAGCCCCUUCAUUUCUUCCGCUGGGCAUCGUUGAAGAAGGUGAUGCUCUGGAUGUACAGGAAAUUGGGGAGGAUGAGGAAGUUGUUUUAACCCUCACUGCGCCGCCUCCAAAUCAGUGGUAUCAUGGGAAGCUGGACCGGAUGAUCGCAGAGGAGCGUUUGCUUCAGGCCAGGACAGCUGGCAGCUACCUUAUCAGGGAGAGUGACCGCCGACCCGGCUCAUUUGUGUUGUCUUUCUUUAGCAUGACCAACACAGUCAGUCAUUUCAGGAUCAUCGCCAUGUGUGGAGACUACUACAUUGGAGGCCGUCGUUUCUCCUCUCUGUCGGAUCUGAUUGGUUAUUACAGUUACGUGUCCUGUCUGCUGAAAGGAGAGAAGUUGAUAUCACCAGUCGCCCCUCCAGAGCCUGUUGAAGACCGCAGGAGAGUGCGAGCAAUUCUCCCAUACACCAAAGUGCCGGAAACUGAUGAGAUCAGUUUCUUCAAAGGCGACACAUUUAUAGUUCAUAAUGAACUGGAGGACGGCUGGUUGUGGGUGACGAAUGUCCGAACAGAUGAACAGGGUCUUAUAGUCCAAGACCUGGUGAAGGAAGUGGGGCGUGAAGAAGACCCACAUGAGGGGAAAGCCUGGUUUCAUGGCAAGAUCAACAAGCAAGAGGCUUACAACCUACUGAUGACAGUUGGGCAGGUGGGCAGUUUUUUAGUGCGCCCGUCUGACAGCACACCUGGGGACUAUUCGCUGUACUUCCGCACCACUGAGACCAUCCAGCGCUUCAAAAUCAGCCCCACACCCAGCAACCAGUUUAUGAUGGGAGGCCGAUACUACAACAGUAUUGAUGACAUCAUUGAACACUACAGGAAGGAACAGAUAGUUGAGGGCCACAACCUUAAAGAUGCCUUAUCUGUCCAACACCAGGAGCAGGUGCUUACUGACACCGUCGAAGGCAAAGAAAUCUACAACACCAUCCGUAGAAAGACCAAGGAUGCUUUCUAUAAAAACAUUGUGAAGAAAGGAUAUGUCUUGUUCAAUAAAGGAAAAGGAAAAAGAUGGAAAAAUCUAUAUUUCAUCCUUGAGGGAAACGAUUCCCAGCUGAUCUACUUUGAGAGUGAGAAACGAGCAACCAAACCAAAGGGUUUAAUCGACUUGAGUGUUUGUUCUGUGUACGAGGUCCAUGACAGCAUGUUUGGCAGGCCAAACUGUUUCCAGAUAGUUGUACAGCACUUUAGCGAGGAACAGUGUAUCUUUUACUUUGCUGGAGAGACCCCGGAACAAGCUCAGGACUGGAUGAAAUGUCUGCAAACUUUUUGUAGUAACCUUAGGAAACCGAGCCAGCCCUGCUCAAACAAACGCCUGCGUCAGGUCAGUAGUUUAUUUCUAAAUGUUGAGGAGGCUCACCACCUUCCUAGUAAACAUUUCACAAACGCCUACUGCAACAUUUACCUGAACAGCAUUCAGGUAGCAAAAACCCAUCCGCGAGAGGGCCAAAACCCUGUGUGGACAGAGGAGUUCAUUUUCGAUGACCUAUCCAGCGAAAUCAACAGGUUUGAGAUCAGCCUGAGCAACAAGACGAAAAAAAGCAAAGAGAACGAUAUUUUGUUCAUGUGCUGCCCUCUGUGUCGGCUACAAAGGGGUCAGAUGAUUGACGAGUGGUUUCCUCUGAGUUCCCACGUGCCUCUGAAGAACGUGGCGCCCAGCUCACUCCGCCUGAGAGUGCGCUACUCUGUGGAGAAGAUCAUGCCUGUGGAGGUGUACAAUGAGUUAAAAGAGCUGGUUCUGCUGAAAGAGUUGCAUGUGAUCAGUGCUUUGGCCCACGUGUGUGGACAGGACCGCACUCUCCUGGCCAGCGUCCUGCUCAGGAUAUUCAGACACGAGAACAUGGAGGCCCAGCUGCUCAGAGAGCUCAAUGACCGUGAGAUCAGCGCUGAAGAUGAAGCGACGACUCUUUUUCGUGCCACCACUCUGGCCAGUACUCUGAUGGAGCAGUACAUGAAAGCCACGGCCACUCCAUUCGUUCAUCACGCUCUUAAAGACACCAUCCUCAAGAUCAUGGAGUCUAGACAGUCCUGUGAGCUCAAUCCAUCUAAACUGGAGAAGAAUGAGGAUGUGAACGUGAAUCUCGCUCAUCUCCUGAGUAUUGUGUCUGAGCUGGUGGAGAAAAUAUUCAUGGCUGCUGAAAUCCUCCCUCCGACUCUCAGGUUCAUAUACGGAUGUUUACAGAAAGCUGUACAGCAGAAGUGGCCCAGAAACACAACCAUGAGAACUAGAGUUGUAAGUGGAUUUGUCUUCCUCAGAUUGAUCUGUCCUGCUAUUGUCAACCCCAGAAUUUUUAACAUCAUUGCAGAUCCACCUUGCCCUAUCGCAUCCCGGACUCUCACUUUAGUGGCCAAAGCAGUCCAAAAUCUGGCCAACCUGGUGGAAUUUGGUGCAAAAGAGCCGUACAUGGAAGGAGUAAAUCCAUUCAUCAAGAGCAACAAACACAGAAUGAUCAAAUUUUUGGACGAACUUGGGAAUGUCCCAGAGCUGCCUGAACCCACAGAGCACUUUAACACUGACCUGGCCCGUGACCUCGCUGCCCUACACCAGCUCUGUGUCGCACACUUAGAUGAGCUGAGGAUACUCAGUAAUGAGAGGGGCGCGCAGCAGCACAUCUUGAAAAAACUCUUGGCAGUCUCUGAACUUCUGCAGCAGACUCAAACUCAGUAUGCAGUGACCAACAGCAGCCGAUAGACUGCAGGAUUUCACUGUGCUACACACUUUAAAAGCUUUCAUGUGUCUGGCAUUAUAAGCCACUUUUGAUCAUAGACGUCACAUUAGACAGACAAGGCAGUGAGCGAAUGUUUGUUUACCUGCACUCCCUUAUUUACUGGAUGUGUUUUCAUAAAGAGAAAAACAAAUAUGAAGCAGAAGAAACGUUCCACAGUUGUCAUGAAAAGGAGGGUGAUGUUUUCCAGAUUCAUAACUACUGUUUGCGUUCUGCAGUGUCAAACACUAUUACAGUUUUUCCUCUGAAAACAAACUAAAACCACAUUUUACCUAAAAAUCUGUAAUGCUUGACAAGUGGAGAAGGAAAAAAGCAUGUAAACUAACUGAUGCUGCGAAAAACAUGCCUUAAAAGACCAAAUAUGCUUUAUGAAUUUACACUCUGACUGGUUUGUUUUCUUUUUAAAUGUUGUGCUUGAGCAGGCGAUCAUGAGAAAACAUCUUCAUAUCUGAUUUGAUAUAUAUAUAUAUAUAUAUAUAUGUCCGAUAUAGGAACUACCAAGAAAUGCAGAAGAAGGUAUUUUGUAUCAAAACUAUUUUCAUAUUUGGAAUCAUGAAAUUGAAAAUAAUGCUUUUUGCUUUUGAAUUUUUCCAAAAUGAUUUCCUGACAAUAUGCAUAAAGAUGUGAGUGAAAUUACACUAUCAGGUAUGCAUGCACUCAUUUAAUGUUCUUGUAAAAAUACAGUGAUUAUGUUUUCUAAUAUAUAUGCAAAUAAAUCAAAGGAAUUUUGUCA